GCCGCGCACGCGCGCGGGCCCGCGCCGACGCAGCACGGCCUCGAGGGCGCAAGCCCGCGCCGCCGCCGCCGCCGGUCCCGGACCACUGUGAGCCCGCGGCGUGAGGCGUGGGAGGGAGCGCGGCUGCUGUCGCCCAGCGCCGCCCCGUCGUCGUCUGCCUUCGCUUCACGGCGCCGAGCCGCGGUCCGAGCAGAACUGGAGCUCCUUUGCAUCUUCCAGUUACAAAUUCAGUGCCUUCUGCAGUUUCCCCAGAGCUCCUCAAGAAUAACGGAAGGGAGAUUGCGGAAGCAUGAGAAGAUUCUGUAACUGAGAGGCAUUCUUCAAGCUGCUGGAAAAUAUUACAGAAGGAACACCUUCCAAAUUUUGCUUCAAGCUCUGAAAAAAGGAGCACACAGGGGAACCUUAGUCUUGCUUGUGGAUCGAAGCAAAUACUAUCACAGCGAGAAACUGGGACUUUGUGUGCGGACUCCUGGCUUGAUCUUUAUAGGAUUGGGUGUAUGUUGUUGGAACUGGCAGGCCAAGAGGCCCUGAAACCAGCAGGUGCCAUCUAUAUGGAGAAAAGCGGAUGUAGUCCAUUUCCAGUGUGUUGGGAUAAAGAAUAUGACAGAUACCUAGCAUCUAGCAAAAUAAUGGCAGCUGCUUACCUUGACCCCAACUUGAAUCACACGCCAAAUUCGAGUACUAAGACUCACCUGGGUACUGGUAUGGAACGUUCUCCUGGUGCAAUGGAGCGAGUAUUAAAGGUCUUUCAUUAUUUUGAAAGCAAUAGUGAGCCAACCACCUGGGCCAGUAUUAUCAGGCAUGGAGAUGCUACUGAUGUCAGGGGCAUCAUUCAGAAGAUAGUGGACAGUCACAAAGUAAAGCAUGUGGCCUGCUAUGGAUUCCGCCUCAGUCACCUGCGGUCAGAGGAGGUUCACUGGCUUCACGUGGAUAUGGGCGUCUCCAGUGUGAGGGAGAAGUAUGAGCUUGCUCACCCACCAGAGGAGUGGAAAUAUGAAUUGAGAAUUCGUUAUUUGCCAAAAGGAUUUCUAAACCAGUUUACUGAAGAUAAGCCAACUUUGAAUUUCUUCUAUCAACAGGUGAAGAGCGAUUAUAUGUUAGAGAUAGCUGAUCAAGUGGACCAGGAAAUUGCUUUGAAGUUGGGUUGUCUAGAAAUACGGCGAUCAUACUGGGAGAUGCGGGGCAAUGCACUAGAAAAGAAGUCUAACUAUGAAGUAUUAGAAAAAGAUGUUGGUUUAAAGCGAUUUUUUCCUAAGAGUUUACUGGAUUCUGUCAAGGCCAAAACACUAAGAAAACUGAUCCAACAAACAUUUAGACAAUUCGCCAACCUUAAUAGAGAAGAAAGUAUUCUGAAAUUCUUUGAGAUCCUGUCUCCAGUCUACAGAUUUGAUAAGGAAUGCUUCAAGUGUGCUCUUGGUUCAAGCUGGAUUAUUUCAGUGGAACUGGCAAUCGGCCCAGAAGAAGGGAUCAGUUACCUAACGGACAAGGGCUGCAAUCCCACACAUCUUGCUGACUUCACUCAAGUGCAAACCAUUCAGUAUUCAAACAGUGAAGACAAGGACAGAAAAGGAAUGCUACAACUAAAAAUAGCAGGUGCACCCGAGCCUCUGACAGUGACGGCACCAUCCCUAACCAUUGCGGAGAAUAUGGCUGACCUAAUAGAUGGGUACUGCCGGCUGGUGAAUGGAGCCUCGCAGUCAUUUAUCAUCAGACCCCAGAAAGAAGGUGAACGGGCUUUGCCAUCAAUACCAAAGUUGGCCAACAGCGAAAAGCAAGGCAUGCGGACACACGCCGUCUCUGUGUCAGGAGUCAGUCACUGCCAACAUAAAGUUAAGAAAGCUAGGCGCUUUCUCCCUUUGGUCUUCUGUUCCCAUGAUCCUCCUUCUACGGAUGAAAUUAGUGGGGACGAAACAGAUGAUUAUGCUGAGAUUAUAGAUGAAGAAGAUACUUACACCAUGCCCUCAAAAAGCUAUGGAAUAGAUGAAGCCAGGGAUUAUGAGAUUCAAAGAGAAAGAAUAGAACUUGGACGAUGUAUUGGAGAAGGCCAAUUUGGAGAUGUACAUCAAGGCAUUUAUAUGAGUCCAGAGAAUCCAGCAUUGGCGGUUGCAAUUAAAACAUGUAAAAACUGUACUUCGGACAGCGUGAGAGAGAAAUUUCUUCAAGAAGCCUUAACAAUGCGUCAGUUUGACCAUCCUCAUAUUGUGAAGCUGAUUGGAGUCAUCACAGAGAAUCCUGUCUGGAUAAUCAUGGAGCUGUGCACACUUGGAGAGCUGAGGUCAUUUUUGCAAGUAAGGAAAUACAGUUUGGAUCUAGCAUCUUUGAUCCUGUAUGCCUAUCAGCUUAGUACAGCUCUUGCAUAUCUAGAGAGCAAAAGAUUUGUACACAGGGACAUUGCUGCUCGGAAUGUUCUGGUGUCCUCAAAUGAUUGUGUAAAAUUAGGAGACUUUGGAUUAUCCCGAUAUAUGGAAGAUAGUACUUACUACAAAGCUUCCAAAGGAAAAUUGCCUAUUAAAUGGAUGGCUCCAGAGUCAAUCAAUUUUCGACGUUUUACCUCAGCUAGUGACGUAUGGAUGUUUGGUGUGUGUAUGUGGGAGAUACUGAUGCAUGGUGUGAAGCCUUUUCAAGGAGUGAAGAACAAUGAUGUAAUCGGUCGAAUUGAAAAUGGGGAAAGAUUACCAAUGCCUCCAAAUUGUCCUCCUACCCUCUACAGCCUUAUGACGAAAUGCUGGGCCUAUGACCCCAGCAGGCGGCCCAGGUUUACUGAACUUAAAGCUCAGCUCAGCACAAUCCUGGAGGAAGAGAAGGCUCAGCAAGAAGAGCGCAUGAGGAUGGAGUCCAGAAGACAGGCCACAGUGUCCUGGGACUCCGGAGGGUCUGAUGAAGCACCGCCCAAGCCCAGCAGACCGGGUUAUCCUAGUCCAAGGUCCAGCGAAGGAUUUUAUCCCAGCCCACAGCACAUGGUACAAACCAAUCAUUACCAGGUUUCUGGCUACCCUGGUUCACAUGGAAUCACAGCCAUGGCUGGCAGCAUCUAUCCAGGUCAGGCAUCUCUUUUGGACCAAACAGAUUCAUGGAAUCAUAGACCUCAGGAGAUAGCAAUGUGGCAGCCCAAUGUGGAGGACUCUACAGUAUUGGACCUGCGAGGGAUUGGGCAAGUGUUGCCAACCCAUCUGAUGGAAGAGCGUCUAAUCCGACAGCAACAGGAAAUGGAAGAAGAUCAGCGCUGGCUGGAAAAAGAGGAAAGAUUUCUGAAACCUGAUGUGAGACUCUCUCGAGGCAGUAUUGACAGGGAGGAUGGAAGUCUUCAGGGUCCGAUUGGAAACCAACAUAUAUAUCAGCCUGUGGGUAAACCAGAUCCUGCAGCUCCACCAAAGAAACCGCCUCGCCCUGGAGCUCCCGGUCAUCUGGGAAGCCUUGCCAGCCUCAGCAGCCCUGCUGACAGCUACAACGAGGGUGUCAAGCUUCAGCCCCAGGAAAUCAGCCCCCCUCCUACUGCCAACCUGGACCGGUCGAAUGAUAAGGUGUACGAGAAUGUGACGGGCCUGGUGAAAGCUGUCAUCGAGAUGUCCAGUAAAAUCCAGCCAGCCCCACCAGAGGAGUAUGUCCCUAUGGUGAAGGAAGUCGGCUUGGCCCUGAGGACGUUAUUGGCCACUGUGGAUGAGACCAUUCCCCUCCUACCAGCCAGCACCCACCGAGAGAUUGAGAUGGCACAGAAGCUGUUGAACUCUGACCUGGGUGAGCUCAUCAACAAGAUGAAACUGGCCCAGCAGUAUGUCAUGACCAGCCUCCAGCAAGAGUACAAAAAGCAAAUGCUGACUGCUGCUCACGCCCUGGCUGUGGAUGCCAAAAACUUACUCGAUGUCAUUGACCAAGCAAGACUGAAAAUGCUUGGGCAGACGAGACCACACUGAGCCUCCCCUAGGAGCACGUCUUGCUACCCUCUUUUGAAGAUGUUCUCUAGCCUUCCACCAGCAGCGAGGAAUUAACCCUGUGUCCUCAGUCGCCAGCACUUACAGCUCCAACUUUUUUGAAUGACCAUCUGGUUGAAAAAUCUUUCUCAUAUAAGUUUAACCACACUUUGAUUUGGGUUCAUUUUUUGUUUUGUUUUUUUCAAUCAUGAUAUUCAGAAAAGUCCAGGAUCCAAAAUGUGGCGUUUUUCUAAGAAUGAAAAUUAUAUGUAAGCUUUUAAGCAUCAUGAAGAACAAUUUAUGUUCACAUUAAGAUACGUUCUAAAGGGGGAUGGCCAAGGGGUGACAUCUUAACUCCUAAACUACCUUAGCUGCAUAGUGGAAGAGGAGAGCAUGAAGCAAAGAAUUCCAGGAAACCCAAGAGGCUGAGAAUUCUUUUGUCUACCAUAGAAUUAUUAUCCAGACUGGAAUUUUUGUUUGUUAGAACACCCUUCAGUUGCAAUAUGCUAAUCCCACUUUACAAAGAAUAUAAAAGCUAUAUUUUGAAGACUUGAGUUAUUUCAGAAAAAACUACAGCCCUUUUUGUCUUACCUGCCUUUUACUUUCGUGUGGAUAUGUGAAGCAUUGGGUCGGGAACUAGCUGUAGAACACAACUAAAAACUCACGUCUUUUUUCACAGAAUAAUGUGCCAGUUUUUUGUAGCAAUGUUAUUUCUCUUGGAAGCAGAAAUGCUUUGUACCAGAGCACCUCCAAACUGCAUUGAGGAGAAGUUCCAGAACCAUCCCCUUUUUCCAUUUUUAUAUAAUUUAUAAAGAAAGAUUAAAGCCAUGUUGACUAUUUUACAGCCACUGGAGUUAACUAACCCUUCCUUGUAUCUGUCUUCCCAGGAGAGAAUGAAGCAAAACAGGAAUUUGGUUUUCUUUUGAUGUCCAGUUACACCAUCCAUUCUGUUAAUUUUGAAAAAAUAUACCCUCCCUUUAGUUUGUUGGGGGAUAUAAAUUAUUCUCAGGAAGAAUAUAAUGAACUGUACAGUUACUUUGACCUAUUAAAAAGGUGUUACCAGUAAA